AUGGGUGUCAAACGGACAAAAGAGAAGAAAAAUGCCGACAAGCCGAGCUUCGACAAGACGGCGCUCGCUCAGCUGACCAGCCAAAUCGACAAGUCCCUCGCCAAUUCCGAGAAGGAGCGUCCUCCGAAGCGAAAGAGACAGCGCGAAACCGACGAGGGGCAUGAGCCCAAGAGACACCAGACCGAUCCUUCCGAUUCCAAACCGCAGGGGGAUAUCAGUGGCGGGAAGCAAAAGAAGCAGACAAAUGCUCUUUUAGACGAGAUUUUGGCGUUGGGAGGGAAUGAAGACGACCUGGAGCUGGUAGCCAAUGUUGAUUCUGGCGAUGAAGGCGGCGAUGCCCCUCGCCCUAAAGUCUUGUCAGAACCGGGUCUGGACAAAUCUUUAAGGGACGAGCUGGCUCAAUUUGCAUCCACCCUUGGCUUCAGCAAAUUCCAGGCUGAGGAUCCGGCGACUGAUGAAGAGUUGGAGGCCACUGGAGAGGAAGAUGGCGCUGAGGAAGAAGAGCCCAGCAGCGAGAGCGACGACGAUGACGACGACGACGACGAGGAGGAGGAAGAGGAGGAGGAGAAGAAGGAGGUUGUGGAGAAGGAGAUCACCAAGACCGUGACACAGCCGCAGGAAUCCCGGCAAGGAAAGCAGGCUGGGAAGUUGGUGAGGGGGGCAAGCGAUAGCAAACCGCAUCCGGCUUCCAUUUCGAACCUGAAGGCAUACGCGGAGAAGUUGUUGGAAGAAGAUUCGUCCGCUUACCACUCGAAACGGUCAUCCAGCUCGACGCAGAAGUUCAUGUCCACGAUCAUGUCGUCCGGUACCCUGUCGGACAAGGUCUCAGCCUUGACUCUUUCAAUUCAGGAGUCGCCACUCCACAACCGAAAGGGGUUUGAGAGCUUGAUAACUUUGGCAGGAAAAAGAAGCCGUGGUCAAGCGAUUGCUGCUUUAGGAGCCCUGGUCGACUUGCUGGGGAACGGGACGGUGCUUCCCGAUAACCGCCGUCUCUAUCCUUUCAACGCUCAGCCCGCACUGGUUGGGGCUGUAAACGAGAAACCCGGCCCGCCCUGGACAGAAGGACACAAACUUCCAGGAAAGUUGACGCCCCCCCAUCUGAUGAUGUGGGCGUACGAGGACUGGCUCAAAGGUGCCUACUUCCGCAUCAUUCAGCUGCUGGAGAACUGGUGCGCCGACGAGAUCGAGUACUCGAGGUCGAGAGCGCUCGAUUUCGUGUUUGGAUUGCUCAAGAGCAAGCCGGAGCAAGAGGCCAAUCUGCUGCGGCUUCUGGUGAACAAGCUCGGCGAUCGGGAACGGAAGAUCGCUUCAAGGGCUUCGUAUCUCAUCCUACAGCUGCUCAACAUGCACCCAGGGAUGAAAACGAUUGUCAUUGGCACCGUGGAACAGGAACUGUUGCUGAAGCCUGGGCAGAGCCUCCGCACAAAAUACACCGCCAUCACUACUCUCAAUCAAACAAUCCUCAACACAAAGGAGCCGGCUGUUGCUGACACGCUGCUGCGCAUCUACUUUGAGAUGUUUGUCGCUCUGUUGAAGACUGGCUCCUUGGGCGAGGUCGAGGCCCACAACGACAACAAAAAAACAGGGCGCUCCCGGAAAAGGGCAAAGAAGAAGGGGGGGCCUAGUCCGGCAACUCCGAUGAACGAGCAGGAAACGGCUCAGAAGCUUGUUUCAUCCUUGCUGACCGGUGUCAACCGGGCAAUCCCUUUUGCUACCGCCGAGGAUUCGACAUUGGAGAAGCAUCUGGACACGCUGUUCAGGAUCACGCAUUCAUCUAAUUUCAACACCAGCGUGCAAGCGUUGAUGCUCAUCCAGCAACUCGCUACCUCGAAACAGCUCGCCGUAGACAGAUUCUACCGAACCCUGUACGAGUCACUCCUGGACCCCAGGCUCAUCACAUCGUCAAAACAUGCGCUGUACCUCAAUCUCCUGUUCCGGGCUUUGAAGAACGAUGUCGACGUCCGCCGGGUCAAGGCGUUUGUGAAGAGGUUGAUCCAGGUGCUGAGCCUGCAUCAGCCGUCCUUUGCGUGUGGCAUCCUGUUCCUCAUCUUCGAAUUGCGAACAACGUUCCCUGACCUGCACACUUUGUUGGAUGAGCCGGAAGAUAACGAAGACGACGGGGAGGAAGUUUACCGCGACGUUCGGGAGGACGCCGAGGAGGAGGGUGCUUCACAGGGCCCGACUGAAUCGGGCACUCAACGUACAGAGGCCUAUGACGGGCGAAAGCGCAACCCCGAGCACAGCAACGCACACCGUAGCUGCCUUUGGGAAUUGAUACCCUUCCUUAGCCACUUCCAUCCUUCGGUGUCCGUAUUUGCGGGGAACCUAAUCACUCGACAAAAGGCGCUGCCUCGGCCCGACCUGGCCAACCACACCUUGAUGCACUUCCUAGACAAGUUUGUCUACCGCAACCCCAAGGCGGAGGAAUCCAAGCGUGGCGGCUCAAUCAUGCAGCCGAUCCUCGCUUCUGGAGGCGCGUCGCACAUUGUGGCAUCAAGCAAAGCCAACGCCAGGCAGCAACCGGUCGUCAACUCUUCGUCGUUCUGGAAUCUCAAGCUUGACCAAGUCUCUGCCGAGGACGUGUUCUUCCACGAGUACUUUGCCCGGGUCAACAAGCCUAGGGAAGCCUCCCGCGCCAAGAAGGCGGCGGACGGCCAGGCUGGGUCGGACGACGAAGCCGAGGGAGAGGAGGAGAUCUGGGAUGCGCUUGUCAAUUCUAAGCCGGAGAUCGAGGGCGCGGACGCCGACGAAGAUUCCGACAUGGACGUGGCCGAAUUCGAUUACUCGGACGACGAGAUGGAAGUCGAUGGUCUUGACGCUGACGACAAGAUGUCAGACUCGGAAGGCGAGGAUGGUUUCGAGGGUAUAUUUGACGACUCCGAGGACGAAGCCGACAUGAGCGAGGAAGAGGAUGAGGCCGAAUCUGGGGACGAGGUGGAGGAAGAAGCCGCGGCUGAGCCUUCUCGAGCCAAGCCGGAAGGGUAG